AUGUCGUUCGAUAGUAGCUGUCAAGACCCAAUUUUACCGACGAGUUCAAAUAUUCUGCAUGGAGGUCUCACUGUAUUCACAGCUGCUAUAUUUAUUACUGGAGAAAUGGCAGGUACUGGUCUUUUAGCAUUACCUAAAGCUAUGGAUCAAGCGGGAUGGUAUGGAAUGAUAUCGACUAUAGUUUUGUGCAUGUUAUCUGGUUAUUGUGGUAUUAAAUUAGGUGAAUGUUGGACAAUGUUAAGACAAAUGAAUCCUGUUUAUUGUGAAGAAGGUAGUCGAUCACCCUUUCAAGUAAUCGCUACUGAAGGUUGUGGACGUGUUGGAAAUUUAUUUGACAAUAUUCCUGCACAUCUUCCUGUAUGUGUAUGGAUUAUUAUUGUUGCAGUUGUUCUUCUUGGACCAUGUUGGCUUGGAACACCAAAAGAUAGUUGGCCUAUAGCUAUUGGUGCAAUGGUUUGUACAGCUAUUGCUUGCGUAUUUAUAACGAUUAGUGCACUUGUUGAUUACGGCAAAAGAGGAUCAACACCACCUAGUGAAAUUACAUUUAAAUCAUUUUCAUUUUCUAUGGGAACAAUGUUUUUUGCUUGGGGUGGUUCAGCUAUGUUUCCAACGAUUCAAGUCGAUAUGCGUCAACCACAUCGUUUUCAUAUAUCUGUGAUAAUAUCUUAUAUAAUUUUAUUAGUUUUUUAUGUACCUGUAUCAAUUAUUGGAUAUUCUGUUUAUGGAGCAAGUGUCAAAGACAAUAUUUUAGCGAAUUUACCAAAAAAUUUUCUUCGUUAUUCCGUUGAAAUAUUAAUCACUGGUCACUUAGCAAUGGCAUUUACAAUAGUAUUAAAUCCUAUUUUUCAAGGUUGUGAAGAACUUACACGUGUACCAAAACAUUUUUGUUGGCAACGUGCUGCAUUACGUAGUGGCAUUGUCUUAUUCUUAGCAUUUAUGGCUGAAACUAUACCACAUUUUGGUGCUAUACUUUCAUUUAUCGGAAGUUCUACCGUGUCAAUUCUAGGUUUUAUCUUACCGGUGUUUUGUUAUGUUUUGAUUAAAGUACGAUCAACUCAAUUAGUUCAUGAACGAUUCACAGAGACUGUAUUUAGAGUUAUACCAUAUUGGGACAUUGCUUUAUUGAUAUUAUCAUUAAUUGUUGGAUUUUUCGGUGCUAUAGCUUCGUCUUAUUCAUCAUUUUCUGAUUUAGUCAAUCCACAUUCAUAUGUCAAACCGUGUUGGCUCGACCCUAGAUCAGCUGAUUCAUCAAAUUCAACACUAUUUUAA